GUUUCGAUUUUCUCAUGUGUGCAGUCAAAACAAUUGCGUUAAAGACGACGUCGUUUACGUUAUUUUGUUGCUUGUAAUUAGCAUUAAUGUUGUUUGUAUUGAAAUCUCGUAUUUAAAAAGUUAUCGUUUUUAUUCAUUUACCUAUGUGCUAUCUAUGUGGUUAACAUUAUCGUACUAGGUAUUGAAGUUAUUUAUUUAUUUAUAGACGUUGAGAAGACAUUGGAAUCAUUUUGUAAUAUUUUAGUUUUACUAUUCAAGAUAAUACUUUGUGCGUUGUGCAAUAACUUUAUUUUAAUUGUGGGUCAAAUGGCGACUUUACCUCGCAUGAAUACAUCUAAGCAUGUUUCUAUUAAUGUUACGUCUCCGUUUAGCACAAGCCCAAGAAAAUUGCAAGAGAUGUCACUUCCAACACCGGACGGACACGAUGUUACUACAGCUAGUGGCAUAAGUAUGAAACAGUAUGAAGAACAACUGAAUAGUUUAAGAAAGGAAAAUUUUCACUUAAAACUGAGAAUAUAUUUUUUAGAAGAAAAAUUAGGAACCGGAGCUCCGCCCGCUGUUCAAGGAUUGUUAGAACAUAAUGUACGUCUUCAAGUCGAAGUAGAGGAAUUAAGAAGACAGCUAAGUGAUAAACAAGAGUUGUUAGCGGCUGCAGCUGAGGCGAUCGAUGUUUUAGAGAAUCAGGGAUCUUUGUCUACUGAUGCAGCAGAGAUGUCAAUAAAUAACAGUAUUACUGUGGCAAGAAAUGAUGUCAGUGAACCCGUGAAGGAAAUCGAAAAUCAAACGGAUGUCGUCGAUGAAACAUAUCAUUCGGAAUCAGCCGGAGAUUAUCUGGCGGUCACAGUUAACAACGAGGACCUUGAUCAAUUGACAAGGCUAAAGAAGGAAAAUCGUAAAGCUCUUCAGAUGAUUAAAGGAUGUAUGAAAAAAAUUCAACAGCAAGACAAAGAAAUUAAAAAAUUGAAAUUGGAUAAGGAGUUGACAUACGCCCACGUGAGUGACUCCCAGCUUGAAAAAUAUGAAGAAAUAUUAAAGUGUAAGGAUGAGCAUAUCAAGGAUCUCGAAAAUAAGGUUAGACAGCUGACAAAUGUUGAUAAUGCACAAAGCGACGAAGAUUCUGCUGGAAACCUUCAACAACUUUUAACGAGGCGUUUACAAGGGUUGGCCUACUUUUUGGAUAAAUUACUGUCACACAAAUGUGUUCUUGGCGAAGAAAAGAAAAAACUAGCUGAAAGUAUUUUAGAACAAAGUCUUGCUUUACCAGUGGGUUUACAAUUAGACGAAUCAAUGGCUCCAGAAGAAUUUACUAUGGAUGAGAGUAAUCUAGACAUAUCACAAUCUAUGAGAAUAGAAGACUUAACUUUGAUGUUUGGACAUCAUUUGGUUUGUAGUGACGAUAACAACAAACAUUCUUUAAGGAAUGCCGUAAGAAAUAUUCCACAAGCGGAUGUUAUAUCGGAAUCUGAAUGUUGGUCGGAGCCAGAUAGAAAUGUUUCCUUAGCUAGAGUUGGUCUUUGUGAUACAGGAGUAGCUGUAAAAGAGUGUAUAUCAGAUAUAAAAAGAUGUAGGGCGCGCCGGUCGAGGGCAUCUUACGGAUCUCGAUCAGAAGACUGCAAACCUUCAAACGAAAAUGCUCUUCUAGAGCAAAUUGACAGUUUAACUAAGUGUAAUCAACAGCUAGUAGAAGAGAAAAUAGACUUAAGUACAAAAUUAGAACUGGCUAUGAAAAAAAUAGAUGAUCUGACAAUCGAAAAAGAAAAUAUAAAAGACGCGCUGGUAAUAGAGCACAAUAAUGCGGCCGAAGCAAAUAAGAAUUUCGAAUCCGUGAAACAUACUUUAGUUGGUUUUGAGUUGAAACUCAAAGAGAACGAACAACAAAUUGCUUACAAUAUGCAAAUGGUCGAAAAGUUAAGAGCAGAAAAACAUGAAUUGGAAGUCACAUUCUUAGAAACAGAACGUUCACUUCGACGUGCUGCGGAUGAAGCGACUGUUCAGGCCUCAGAGGCGGCACUCGAGCGAGCUCGAGCUCAACACGACAGGCUACGUAUUGAAAGACAAUUAGAAGAAACACGUGAAAAGCUAGCUCACGCUUUAGAAUCGAAUGCCCAGUUGGAAAUAGAGGUUUCUAGAAAAAUGGCGAUGGAAGCACAAAAUAAUAUUGUUGAAAUUCACGAGGCAGUUCAAUCCGAAGAAGAUCGACCGACCUCGCCAGAUCAAGGAAUAGAUAGUGAUAGGCUCUCGAGUUUAGAACAAAAUGACGCGGUUAACUUAUCUCCUCGUUCCCUAUAUGAAGAAAAUGUUACACUAAAACAAAAGCUAGCAAGAACUAAGGCAACAUUAGCAGAAACUCUAACUCAACUCAAUGCUGCGAACAUGAGGAAAAGGAAUGUACAACGAGCGAUUUGUAGAGAAAUUCAUAAAACACAAGGCGUAUUACGUAAAGCUCGAGAUCAGUUUGAACACAACAAUUAGGUUUAUCUUUUUUGUACUGGAGGAAGGCAAAAUAAUUUAUUUUUAGUUUCAGAACUAGUAAUCUAAGGCUGACAAUUAUUUUCAUGUAAUUUUUAUUUAACAUCGGAUAUUAUUUGGCAUGUGCCACUUAUUAGUACAAGCAAAACAUAAUUUUAUGACGUGUAACUGUAUAUUCAUAUAUUUUUAACAUUAAAAUUUUGUAUCAAAUGCU